CACAAAACGCCUCAUAAAUGUCAACCUAGGUGGUCCCACCACGGCGUGAUGACAAUAGAAGGAUAUACUACGGACUUUUCUCUACGCUGGGCUCGCGCAAGUUUUUCUUAUCUUCGAAGACCGUCGGUUCGCCUGGUUUACCUCCAAUUAUUACUAUGAUGCCUAGCGCAGGUCAGACGACGCCAAUCGUGCUGCUAACAGCUUUAAACAUCGCUCAUCUGAUAUCGUCUGCCCACGCAGCCUCGUGCUAUUCACCCAAUGGCACGCUAAUACCCUCAGCUUACCAACCAUGCCACCCAGACCGUCCCAGUAUGUGCUGCGCGCUUGAUCGAGAUUAUUACAUCAACGAAUGCCGAGACGACGACCUGUGCUUCCAACCAGACGGAUCCUAUAUCUGGCGUGAGAGCUGCACAGAUCCUACCUGGGAGAGUCCACAGUGCUUGAAGCUCUGCGCGAGUGGAGAAGAAGAAGGCGUUAAUAGCAACAGUGGGGAUGUCAUCAUUACCGUCUGCGAGGAUGGAAGCUACUGCUGUGGCUAUGAAAACACGCUCUGUUGUGAGAACAACCACGGAUUCUGGAUCGCCAAUGGCCAUGUGUAUGAUAUCAGACCAAGCGGGAUUGCGCUUGGUGCCUGGUCUACAUCUGCCACCGCGUCGGCCACCAGCACACCCACGGCGCAGGAUUCAGCGGACCCAACUGCAACAAUCACACAGCCAUCAUUCAUAGAACCGAGCUCAAUCUCUUCUCCGACGAUACUACCAUGUAACGAUCAGUCCUGGAUGCCAUCGCCCGAGAACUGGGAUUUGGAAGAGGUGGACCAGAGACUCAGAGAUGCUGAGGGUAAUUGGGCUGGUGAUACAUCAUUCGUCCAGUACAUCUCCACACUGACUGGACAGCACGGACAGAAGUGCGGCAUUGGACACAUAGGAACGUGCACAGUCCCAGACUGCAAUGCGUUUCAGAGUUCAGGCGGCGAAAAGUGGGCGUACUUCGUGUCCAUUAGCAUUCUGCAAAUGAACACCUUUCUCAACAUCAUACAUAGCGGCAUCGACGCUGGCAAAUCCGACCUGAGCCUCGUAAUCGGACAGAUGACAAGCGAUUUCUUCCAUUUCGAACCCAAGCCCACUAAGAAGCCCAUAUGGCCCUGGAUCGGUGCGCUGGUCACGACCGUGUUCUCCAUUUUACCGCUUCCCCUGAAUCCCGCUAGGCUGCCCGUUUGGUCAGCAGUAAGCGGGAGUGCUGCGGCAUUUGUUAAUGGGGGACUGGGUACUAUUGCUCCUCCUUCGAACAACCCUGAGGUGUUCUAUCUCGGCACCAUGCAAGAACUUGGUGUGGUGCUCAAGGAUCUCACAUUCAAUACCACGGAAGGUUUGGACAGAUGGUCUGCAACUCUAUUUGAGGGAAAGGCGGAUUCUUCUGGAAAGACUAUUGUUGACUAUUUCGGCGGCGGUCGAUUCACCCUAAGCUAUGACAUCCAGGAGACCGAUAUACAGAGGCUCUACUUUCAGACUCUUGUUUCUAACGUAGUGAACGAGCAGUGGAAGAGCCCAAACGCUUCUACACGCCAGUUCAUUAUGUGCGCCAACGGCAGCGUACCAUGCACGGAUCGCUCCGUCUACAGCGAAGAUGGCCGCGCAUGCUGUCUCUACAGCCUAGACAAGGACGGGAACUACGCAAUACCUCCCGGCCUCGACGCCCUGGGAAACUCGACAUUCAACAUAAACGCAUCGGACAUCACCGCCAGCAGUCUGCACUCCUAUUCCGCCCAAGGUUUGAAUUACACACUCUCCUCCUAUGCCACCCGCAUCGAAGCAUCCCUCGGCACCAGCAACACAACUUCGGCCUUCGACCAAGGCGUCGCAUUCCAGGGCACAUGGACUAUUCCCGUCUGCGACGUCGGCAGUAAUACGAACUGGGUCGGCAACGAGGACAGCGCUGGCAUGCCGUGCUGCUGUGGCCCGGCCGCUGACGGUACGUCAUGCAAAGAGACGAAAGAAUUCAUCUAUGCGGCCAAUUUGGACGAGUGGGGUCAGUUUUACGCCGAUUGUAAGGAGCAGUAUCCAGGUUUCGAGGGACCGCCCAAGAAGAGCAUGGGUGUCAGGAGUAUGGGCGAGACGCUAGGAUUGGCCAUUCUAUUGGCGCUACUAGUUGGCUGGAGUUUCUACUAGUCUCAAAUCGUCAUAACAGUAAACUCCCUCUUCCUCUCCACGCACACCAUCCACCACCCCUCAAACCACUCCCUCACGCCCCUCCCCUCAUCCUCCCCCGAC